CAAACCGUAGUAGUAUAAGUAUUAUUUAUAACGUGUUACUGGGCUGUUCUUUAAUGAUUAAAUCCUCAGGGCCAGGAUAAUUAAGGAUCCAUUAUGGCGUUUGCACAUGCUACUACAGCAGCCGCUUUAUUCAUUAUUUUGCUGGCAUCGUCUUCCUCAGCAGCACCACCUGCAGAUCCCUUGUUUCGAUGCUACGAUUCCAUUGUUAACUUCGGCGAUUCGCUCUCCGACACCGGCAAUGAUCUCGUCCCCGGCCUCCACACCGGAGAGUGCCUCGCCGGUAACCCGCCCAAUGGCCAGGCGUACUUCCACCACCCCACCGGAAGAUUCUCCGACGGCCGCAUCAUCAUUGAUUUCAUCGCACAGAGCUUGGGGCUGCCUCUAUUGAAACCCUACUUUCCCGAAGGUAACGCAGAGGCGGCGCAACGCUGCCGGGAGUUCAGCACCGGCGUGAAUUUCGCGGUGUCCGGCGCGUCGGCGCUUUCGUAUGAUUUCUACGUGAGUAUUGGAUAUGCGAAUCCGUACACCACAAUCUCUCUGGGGACUCAAGUGGAAUGGUUCAGAGGCUUUUUGGCUGGAUUUCCAGAUGGUGGUCGAAAGUACGCGGAAAGAUCUUUGGUUGUAGUAGGAUCGGUAGGAGGCAACGAUUACAACCAUCUUCUCCUACACGGGUGGACUCUUGAACAGAUGCAGUUGUUGGUUCCCAAAGUUACUAGCUACAUUGCAUCCGUAGUUCAGGAGUUGAUUGAGCUUGGAGCUGUUACAUUUCUUGUCCCGGGAAAUGUCCCGUUUGGCUGCUUUCCUGAUUAUCUAACAAUAUUCGAACAAUCUAGCACAUCCAACGACUAUGAUCCGCAAAUUGGUUGUCUUUCUUGGUUGAAUGAGUUGUCCGGAUUACAUAACGAUCUUCUCCAAAAGGAGCUGCAGAAAGUAAGGGAACUUAAUCCUCAUGCCAACAUAAUGUAUGCCGACUUUUACAAUGCCGCGAUGGGAAUGUAUCGAUCCCCCAAACAAUUUGGAUUUGGAAACCAAAUUCUUAGGUCUUGUUGCGGAAUAGGAGGCCGGUACAACUACAAUGAAUCUGCGCGAUGCGGCACUCCUGAAGCAACAUGUUGUGAUGUACCGUCGGAAUACAUCAGUUGGGAUGGAAUACAUUUCACCGAGGCAGCUAACAGAUUGAUAUCGAAAGCAUUGCUCCAAGGGCGAUAUACCGAUCCUCCUUUCUCAACCAUCUGCCUUAAUUCGACAUCCAAUCCUCGCGGCGCCAUUGCCGACAACUAAGACUCAGCUCGACUCGACUCAUUUAAGCAUAAUGUUUGUAUGAUUGUUGUCACAAAUUGUGAUGUACUUACAGGCACAUAGAAUUGAUUUGCAUAUUUGUUCUUGUGUUUUAAAUUCAUUGUUCCCAAAUCAUCCACCAUAGAGUGAUAAAGACUUUUGUUUGAUAUUUGGAAUAAAUUUUGGAGGUAAAAUUUGAAAUCUCCAACCAA